UUGGCACGUGUGCUGCUCUUUUUUUAAGUGUGGCUCUCAGCUGCCGAGGCGGAUGAUGAUGAUGGCGGAGCUGGUUCAGGGACAGGCCUCGGUGGCUCAGCCCGGAACGAAAGAUGACUUCGCAGACACGAUACGCCGGGUCCGACAGAUGGCAGCCAAGAUGGGAGGAGACCAGAUGCCCAACCUGAACAGUUCGUCUCCAGUCUUAGACCCCUCCCUCUAUGGCUUUGGAGGGCAAAAACGUUCGCUAGACAAUGGAGUGGGGAACCAUCUCGGUGCAAUGGUACAUCAAAGGGCUCUUACAACAGAAGACUUCAAAGUGCCUGAUAAGAUGGUGGGAUUCAUCAUUGGAAAAGGAGGAGAGCAGAUCUCAAGAAUUCAGCUGGAAUCAGGCUGUAAGAUCCAGAUUGCUUCAGACAGUGGAGGCAUGUUGGACAGGCCCUGCACACUGACCGGAAGCCCAGAGAACAUCGAGCAGGCGAAGAGACUGCUGAGCGAGAUCGUGGAGCAGUGUCGGUAUGGACCAGGCUUCCACAAUGAGAUGGACGGCAACAGCUCCAUCCAACAGAUCCUUAUCCCCGCUAACAAAGUCGGCCUGGUCAUCGGCAANUGGAUCGAUAGUUAG